AUGGUGCCUGCAAAUAGUUCAAAGGAGACUACCAGCCCGCCAACUGAUUCCGAACUUCGCGCGUCUUCCAGUACAAAACUUAUUGAAAACGUCCGAAGAAAUUCUGAAGACAUACGAACAGCUUGGCAAGCAGAAAUGUCAAGAAAGAGCUCGAUAAGUUCCACAGGGGCCGCUCAGGAUCAAUCUACACAACCGCCCGCGGAUACGAUCGAGGCAGUCAGCUGGCAACAUCUAUUCCCAUUUGUGAAUCAGGGAUCACGCUCAGGCCGACCGCUAAUACCUUCCCAGCAGCCAUCUAUACCGGGAGGGCUACCUAAUGAGUUUCAAGCUACACCUGUACUCCCGCGUGUUCCAAUCCCAGGUGAUAUGGAUCAAAUCCAGGGUCUGAGCAAUAGACCUCAAGGACCGUAUAUCCAAGUUAUAAUGGCGGCAUUGGAGACAUAUCACGAUACUAACCCCCCUCCACGGGAACCCUCCCCCCCCCACGAGUGCUUUCUAGCAACCAUAUUGAUCGAGGGAUCCUCAGCUCUUCGAGCAAUCCACGUGGAUUUAUUGGAGGCAAUAAUCGUGGUGGAGUUGGAGCAUUUUCCUCUCGACAACAACCUGCUAUCCAGUUCCAACAGCAACCUGCUACCCAGACCCGACAGCAACCUGCUAUCCAAUUCCAACAUCAACCUGCUACCCAGACCCGACAGCAACCUACUAUCCAGUUCCAACAUCAAACUGCUAUCCAGUUCCAACAUCGACUUGGUAUCCAGAACCAAAACCCCAGUGGAGAAGAAAUUGCAGUCCGUGGUGGGGAAUAUUAUCGGGAUACAGAUGGCAACAGAAGAGAUUACAGGGACGGGAGAUGCUACAAAUUCGAAUACCAAUUUUAAGGUAAUUGUGACAAUGUCGAAAGUACUUGAAAAUUGA